GCAGGCAGGGAUGUGCUGCACGCUCGGAGGAAGCGUGAGCAGCACUGCCCAGCGAGGGACAGCUGCUGCUGGCUGGGCACGCUGCGAUCACAGCUCUGGCAUGGGCACUGCUGUGGGACGGCGACCGGCCGGGAGGACGCGGACUCCAGGCUCUCCUGGCACCUACCUGGCCAUCGCUGCCCUCACAUGGGGCACGGUGCUGUGGGUGGAGGUGGGUGCCUGGACGUACCACUACAGUGACCAAGGGGACUACACGUGGGAGCAGGCCAGGAAUUACUGCCAGACCUUCUUUACCGACCUGGUGGCCAUCCAGAACCAGCAGGAGAUCGAGUACCUCAACAGGAGCCUGCCCUACCACAAGCACUAUUACUGGAUCGGCAUCCGCAAGCUGCGCGGCACCUGGACCUGGGUGGGCACCAGGAAGGCGCUGACCAAGGAGGCGGAGAACUGGGCCCUGGGGGAGCCCAACAACCGCCGCUCCAACCAGGACUGCGUGGAGAUCUACAUCCAGCGGCCACAGCAGGCCGGCAAGUGGAACGAUGAGCCCUGCAGCCGCAAGAAAAAGGCGCUGUGCUACCGGGCCUCCUGCCAGCCCUUGCUGUGCAGCCAGCGCGGCGAGUGCGUGGAGACCAUCGGGAGCUACCGCUGCCAGUGCUACCCCGGCUUCCAGGGCCCCGAGUGCAUGGAUGCUGUGCAGUGUGCCGAGCUGGAGCCUCAGGGAGUGACCAUGAGCUGCAGCCAUCCCUUCGGAGACUUCAGCUACAACUCCAGCUGCGAGUUUGGGUGCCCCGAGGGGUUUGAGCGGCGAGGGGCGGCCGUGCUGCGCUGCCUGCCUUCCCAGGAGUGGUCAGCAAACAUCCCCACCUGCACAGCCGUCACCUGCCCAGUGCUCAGAGCUCCAGACCGGGGAGAGCUGAACUGCUCCCACCUCCAUGGCAACUUCACCUUUGGCUCCACGUGUGCCUUCUCCUGCCAGGCAGGGUUUGUGCUGGUGGGUCAGGAGAGCCGUGAGUGCACAGCCACGGGGACCUGGACUGGGGACACCCCACACUGUGAAGCCACUGCCUGCCCAGUGCUCAGAGCACCAGAGCAGGGAGAGCUGAACUGCUCCCACCUCCAUGGCAACUUCACCUUUGGCUCCACGUGUGCCUUCUCCUGCCAGGCAGGGUUUGUGCUGGUGGGGUCAGAGAGCCGUGAGUGCACAGCCACGGGGACCUGGACUGGGGAUGAAACAAGAUGUGAAGCCACUGCCUGCCCAGUGCUCAGAGCUCCAGAGCAGGGAGAGCUGAACUGCUCCCACCUCCAUGGCAACUUCACCUUUGGCUCCACGUGUGCCUUCUCCUGCCAGACAGGGUUUGUGCUGAUGGGGCCAGAGAGCCGUGAGUGCACAGCCACGGGGACCUGGACUGGGGACACCCCUUACUGUGAAGCAAUCACGUGUCCAGUGCUCAGUGCUCCAGAAAAAGGAGAGCUGAACUGCUCCCACCUCCAUGGAGACUUCACCUUUGGCUCCACGUGUGCCUUCUCCUGCCUGACAGGGUUUGUGCUGGUGGGGUCAGAGAGCCGUGAGUGCACAGCCACGGGGACCUGGACUGGGGACACCCCACACUGUGAAGCCACUGCCUGCCCAGUGCUCAGAGCACCAGAGCAGGGAGAGCUGAACUGCUCCCACCUCCAUGGAGACUUCACCUUUGGCUCCACGUGUGCCUUCUCCUGCCAGGCAGGGUUUGUGCUGGUGGGGUCAGAGAGCCGUGAGUGCACAGCCAUGGGGACCUGGACUGGGAAUGAAACAAGAUGUGAAGCCACUGCCUGCCCGGUGCUCAGAGCUCCAGUCCAGGGAGAGCUGAACUGCUCCCACCUCCAUGGCAACUUCACCUUUGGCUCCACGUGUGCCUUCUCCUGCCAGGCAGGGUUUGUGCUGGUGGGGCCAGAGAGCCGUGAGUGCACAGCCACGGGGACCUGGACUGGGGACACCCCUCGCUGUGAAGCCAUUGCCUGCCCAGUGCUGAGAGCACCAGAGCAGGGAGAGCUGAACUGUUCCCACCUCCAUGGCAACUUCACCUUUGGCUCCACGUGUGCCUUCUCCUGCCAGGCAGGGUUUGUGCUGGUGGGGUCAGAGAGCCGUGAGUGCACAGCCACGGGGACCUGGACUGGGGACACCCCACACUGCAAAGCCAUCAGCUGCCCAGUGCUGGUCCCCCCCAGCAGAGCCCAGCUGAGCUGCUCUCACCUGCACGGGAACUUCUCCUACAACUCCACCUGCAGCUUUUCCUGCCAGGAGGGGUUUGUUCGGAUGGGAGCAGAGAUGCUCCGGUGUGAGGCCACGGGGAACUGGACCAGGGAUCCCCCUGUCUGUGCAGAGGAUGGUGCCGUCCUAAAGCAGGUCCUGGCUUACAGCAGCGGCUCAGCGCUGGCAGUAGCUGGUGUUGUGCUCUCUGGGGGGCUCAUUGCCCUCCUUGCCAGGAAGCUCAGUGAUAGAGAGGAGAAGAAGAAGCUCCUGAAACCCACCAGCGACCUGGGAGCGCCGGGCACCUUCACCAACACAGCAUAUGAUGCCAACCUGUGAGGUGAGGGCAGGUGGGACCCUCACAGCACCCUCUUCAAAAUUCACCCGGGGUGCUCCUGCGUGGGGCCAGCCCUCGGGACGGAUGUGGGUAACACCAGCUCCAUCUCUGCUGUGCUCCCAGGCUGCCUGAGUGAGAGCCACCGUGUGUCCCAGGGCCGCAGGAGCUGGAGCACAGAGGGGCUCCAUGCCCAUGCUGGCAGCCUGGCCCUGGGCAGUGCCACCCCGCUGUGUGCAGCAUCCCCUGGGCAGGGGAGCUGGGCAGUGCCACCAGGCUGUGUGCAGCAUCCCCUGGGCAGUGCCACCCCGCUGUGUGCAGCAUCCCCUGGGCAGGGGAGCUGCCUCCAGUGCGGGCAGCGGAGCCCCAGCGGGGCCAGGAGCAGCGUGCCGGGGCAGCACCCAGCCCUGGACACGCUCCCUCCGGGGAUCUGGACACUCCCGGAGCUCCACUCCUGCUCCCACCGGGAUCUGGACACUCCCGGAGCUCCUCUCCUGCUCCCACCGGGGAUCUGCACACUCACGGAGCUCCUCUCCUGCUCCCACCGGGAUCUGGACAUUCCCCGGAGCUCCAUUCCUGCUCCCACCGGGAUCUGCACACUCCCGGAGCUCCAUUUCUGUUCCCACCACUGAGCUGGUGUCAGCGGGCUGUGAAUAAACACCUCUGUCUAAGUAACGCGUCCUGUGUGCCUGGGCCGGGCUGGGGGGAAGCGUUCAUUAAAGAACCGACAGCAGCAGGGAAAUGAUUCUUGCCCCCGGACUGGCCCGGGUGAGGCCGCUUCUCCGGUGCUGUGUCCGGUCCGGGGCCCCUCGGCUCAGGAAGGGCGCUGAGGGGCUGGACAAUGUCCAGAGAAGGCCAUGAGGCUGGA